AUGGCCGAUGCGGUGCUGCCGUGCUGCUGCGUGCCAUCCGGCGUCUCGGGUUGGCCAUUCCCCACUGCACUAGGAUACUUUGGUAACGGAACCGCAGAAUCCAAAACCAGGAUGAAAGUCACAAUGUGCCAGCUAGCUGAUGGCACGCAUUCGGAAACUGGUCCGAGAGCGAAGCCACCUAUCAAGAUGAGGAAAAAGAGGCGCAACAAGGUGCUGCGGGGACAUGUGAAGAACAGGUUGAAGCGAAAGCGAAAAGAAACUUGUUUGGACGAGUGGACUGUCACUGCAGUGGCAGAAGCGAGGAACAAGCAUUUCAAAAUGGUGGGGGACGAUGUUGCCUUGGAAGAAGAUGGAUGGAAAGCACCUCCACUGCCAUCUUCCCCAACGAAGAGCAGUCCUCGGCAAACUCACCAAGAAAAUAUCAUAUGGGUUUGA